UUGUGACCUUCUGACAAGCAAAAUCAAUGGGGAAGCCAGAUUCACUCAACAACCGUGUUACUAAAUUAACAUAUGCAGUGAUUCUUUUUACAACUCUGGAAAGAAAGUUUGAAAAAUGGGGCAAAACUCACUUAACAACUGUCUUGCUUAGCAAUAGAAAUUUUGGGCUCCUUUGUGGUCGUAAGUGGAGGAUUACCUGUAGAUUAAUUUGUGCUUAAUAUAAAAUGCCUUAAUGCAAAGCAAAAUUGAAUUUUAAUAUUAGGGUAUAUUUUAUAUAAUAUUUUUAUAGCUUGGUACAUCAUUCUAUAAUACUUGUAGCUUCUUUUGCAUGUUUAAAAAUGUAAAAAUAAAGUAAUAUAAUUUAUCAGAUUCUCAUAUGAACUUGAUAGUUUGGGCAUAUCCAUGUAACUAGUCCAGGAAGUACUGUGUUUACUCUAAAUUCACUUUGUUUUUAAUUGCAGGAGAUCCUCAACCUAGGCCCAUUCGUUCAGCGACAUUCAAAGUUAUGAUGAUGUUGAACGAAUGGUGGUUAAGACCAGUCUUUGGAAUUCCAGCUAUCUCAGUAUCCCUGUGGUCACAUGAUCAUGCUCUGGGAACUUGGCAACCAGUUAGCACUUACAACUAGUUGCAGUACCCCAGGAUCAUGUGAUCGCUAUUUGCAACCUUCCUUGUCGGCUUCACCAGAAAGCCAAUGGGAAAGCUGAAAGGGAGGGUCAGAAGUCACUGGGGUAAGUCUCCCCUACCUCACCAUGCCGGCCACUCGGAAACCCCAUGCGCUCUUCCUGACCCAUGUUGUACUUCUCAUGCACCCCCUUGAACUCUCGUGCUUCCUCCUCAACUUACACUAUGCCUCUUACACUUGCCCUUGCACUCUCCUUCACCCAGCAGCCGCCACUUGCCUGCUGGCUUCCCCAAGUGACUUUGGUUGUGGGAAACUAGCAGGAAGUUGUCUUUCCUAAUGACUGUGGAAUUUGGUUAACAACAGAAACUGGGACUCAUAUAAUUGCUAUUUGAAUUCUUUCCUCAUGGCUUCCCCAGAAAGUCAAUGGGGAAGCCGGCAGGGAAGGUUGCAAGUCACUGAGGUAAGUCUUCUGCACCAUAUUAGUCACUUGCACAUUCUUGUGCAUUCUCUCUGUUUUGUGCCGCACGUCUCAUCCAGCCUUGCACACCCUUCCUGACUUGCACCCUGAUUCUCCCACACUCCCACACACCUUCCCUGAUCUUUACGCUCACUCCCUCACAUCCUCCUCCACUGGGCAGCAGCCACUUAUCUGCCUGCUAAACUUGGGGCUUGCAACUUCCUGCCAGUUUCCCCAUUAAGUUUGAUUGUGGGAAGCCGGAAGGAAGUUGCUUUGCCCAAAAAAUUAACAAUAUCCUUUUAGACAAAUAUAGGUGGCUACUUAGGAUUAUGGAAUCGUUCCAUACUCUGUAUAAUUAUUUGUGGUUGUUUUAGAGAAGCAAAAGAAACUAGAAUCAGAAGUUUUAGGAUUAGAAUUAUUAUUAGUAGUAUUAGAUGAAUACUAAUAGAAAUAUUAGAAGUAGCGUCUAACAGAUGAAAUAAUGAGAGUGCCAAGCUUCCCUUACAGUAGUGAAUUGUGGUAUAAUGUACCUGUUAGGUUGUUGGUUAUAUAUCACAGCAUGGCACAUGAUAUUAGAGUCACAAUUGGAAGAUUUGCAAAUUGUAGGUCUUUGUGAUCCUGCCCUCAAGAUUCUAUUAUUGCAGUUUUCAUCUUAUAUAUUAACCAUCAAUAACACUUUUAAGAAGAUAAAAAUAUUUUUAUUUAGUAAAGAAUGCAGGCUAGUGUUAUCAUUUUAAAGCAAAGUACAUAAGAGUAACAAUCUAAUUCUCUGUUAUUCUUCAUUUUUCUACCACUAUUCUCAGUAUUUGCUCUUUACAUAUGUUUGUUACAUAGAGAUGACUUAAUUUUAGCUGAGUGUGCUAUGGUGAUGAUGGGUCUAAAUAACACAAAGCAUCCAAUAAUUGCAAACCAUCAUUAUUAUUUAAAACAAAGUUUCCUAACUCUAUACCUUUAAGUUAUGUAAAUUUCAACUCCCAUGCUGGCUGGGGAAUUCUGAGAAUUGAAGUCUCCACACCUUAAAGUUGCAGAGGUUGAGAAACACUGAUUCAAGCAGUUUGGUACUGCUGUUUCAUGUAAUUUAUUCCAGGCUUCUUAUUGCUCUGUUGAACACUUUAUUUUCUUAGGCAAAAAAAGAUUGGUGUUGCAGUUUUUACUUACUUUCUUAAUGUUGUCUUCCUAAUUCUAAACCAGACUGGUCCCCCCUCCUUCAACUGAAUUGGUUUGGAUAAAAAUUUGCUUCUUAUAAAUUGAUGACUUUAUUCAGAUUUUCUCAGUGAAGUGGAAUAUCAUGUUAAGCUCUAAUUGUAAUAUACAACUGUGAUAUACAUAUACAUACAUACAUAUGUAUAAUAUAAUAUAGUUUUGCAAAAUAUCUUCUUCCAUUUUGUUUGUUAUUUUAGUGCAAUUUUUCAAAAUGCUUUCAUUAAAAAAAAAUUUUUUUGAUUCAGUGGAUUAAAGGGAUUCUCUUUGAUCUGAUAAUUUCCUGUAGGUUUGCACAGUUGUUUUGAAAAUGAUGUACAAGGAAGCCUCUGGAGAAAUCCAAAAACACAUCCAAUGACUGUUACAGUUUAAGUUGACCUGUUUACUCAGUAUAUAAUUUAAGUGGGGCUUAAUUUAAAUAUAAUUAACCUAUAUAUCCUAUUUCAGUUAGUUUGUUUUUAUUUAUUUUAUUUAUUUUCUGUUAUUUAUGAGCCAAAUUAGUGUCAACACCCCAAAUAAGAUUAGGAUAUGCAUAUAAAAUGCCUUGGUGUUCAUAUUAAUGUAACAGUGUAAAAAAGAAACUGUUAUAGUUAAAUUGAUGCUAAAUGCAUUGAUGAGUCUCUAUUAUAUUUGAACUUUGACAUUCAAAUAAUUAAACUAUAAUUGAUUUACAGCAUUUUGGUAUAUCAUAUAAUUAAGAAGUAGAUGCAUAAAUGCAUUUAUUUGCCAUCAGAAAAUUCUGCUGUAAACAUACCUGUAAUUAAAAACCUCCUUUCAAAAACUCCUAUGUAUUUCUUAGACAAUCAAAUAAUUUGAAACCAUAUACAGCUUCAACAGAAUGCAAAGCAGCUAUAAAAGUACUGUUGUUCAUUUCCAAAACCUGACUCUUUUUCAUUUCUCAUUAAAAAUAUGAAUCUAGAAAACUUACCAGAGUUCUCUGAGAUCAUUUAAUUCAAAAUACCAGAGCACAAUUGGUCAAAAAUGUUUGUUUUAAAAUACAGUAAUAAAUUUAUACUGUUACAAUGAUGUUAGGCACAUUUUUAGAUGUUUGUAACUAGAAAAGGAGAAAACGUACUUGUUAAAAUUUAAUUCUCAAUUGAUCUCAGGUUUGAGAUGUUAUACCAUCUAGUUGAUAAAGGAAAGAUUUAGGUACUUGUUUCCUGUGCAAUAAUGCAUGAAUGCUGCAUCAGGAUCUUUGUUAUCUAUUUAAUUAUCAUCUAUUUGAGUAACUUAUGUUUAAUGCUAAUUUUUCUUGCUCCAAUUACAAUGCAGGAUUCAGAGCAUUGGGUUUUUAUAGAAAGAGGAACUUCUGGGCUGGAAGAGCUAGCACUAAAACAAAUUAUUAAGACCCAGAAGGAAGAAUCAAGCGCAGGUGCCUCAGGAAAGCAAACAGAUUUGGACUUUUCAAAAGAGCCCACCGCAGUAGGGGUAGACAAGGCAGCAACAAAGCAAGAGGUGAAAGCAAAUGAGGGAAGCAAAAUAAAGGUCCACAGAAAAGCCAAAAUGAUAGCCAGUCCAGAAGAUUUUGAAUCAUUUUGGGACGAUGAUAAGAAUGAGAAAGAUUACAGAAAAAAAUCUUCUAAGACAGAAAAGCUUCCUGGGGAAAGAGAAGAAAAGAGCAAUAAAACGGAGGCAGCACUGUUUGUUUCUUCUGAACCUGAGAAAAAAGAAGAAAAGAAAGACAAAAUAAAGAAUGUGGUGCUAGCCUCCACUGAAAAUAUACAACCCACUGGCCUGCACCAAUCUAAAGACGGACCAACAUGUGCCUCGGUUCAUCCAGAAUCUCCCAAAAAAGAAAACAGAAUUCUAAUAAGCGAACAUAGGACUUCCUUGAAAUUAUCAGAAAAGGAAGUUCUUCAGGAUACCUCAGAUUCUGACUCAGUUAAAACUAAGGUGAAACUAAGCGAUAAGACAGGAUCCUCUGCUGCCGAACGGAUCAUCUAUUUGGAUUCUGAAGAAACAGAUGAAACAAAUGAUGAGACCAAGGAAAUACUUGACCAAAAAAAGAAUUGUGCCUUUGAAACGAGGCAAGAAAGUGAAAUAGAAAAACAGAAGAGCAUUAGUUUUGCCCCAGUUAUAGGAAAGAGAGAGGGAGAAAAUGUGCUUCCAUUCCCCUUACCCACAUAUUGUGAAGGAAUGUCAGACAUCAGCGAAACAAUUCUUCAGUCAGAGCAGUCCGAGACUGCAGAUGACAACAUACACUCUAUUAAGCAGUCUUCAAAUGAAAAAAAAGCUCAUUCAUCCAUUUCAGGGGAAGGUGUGCCUAUAGAGUCAGAUGAUUAUGGAAUCAAAGAUGAUCAGAAAUGCAGUGCAUUUUCUUCGACAGAUGAAGCCUGUGGAAAGGAUUCCAUAAUCCCAUUAUCAGUGCCUCAGUUACAAUCUGGAUUCUCCACCAAAGAGGCAACAGCUUAUCCUUCUUACGAACAUAAAAAAGGAGUGGAUGAAACAUAUAACAGCAGUCCUCCAGAAGGGAAAAAAGAAUAUGAUAAGAAGGAGGCUGAUACUGCCAUAGGAACACAGAGCAUAAUAUUAAAAACUUCAGAAAAUCAAAGCAGAAGAAAUAAGUUAGAAGAAAUGGAAGCUACUCAAAUACUUCUUCAGAUGGAAGCCAUAGAAUAUAUGGACUCCACCAUGAUUGCCUCACACAAUCAGCUUUCCUGUUCUUCAGAAAUUUCAACUAGAGGUUCACAUAUAUCGCAAGAAGCAAAAACAGAAAAAUUAGCCCAAGAACAGACUCAAGAUUCAAACUGGCCUCUUCAGAACAAAUUAUCAGAAGGUCAGGAACUAGUCCAAAGUAAAUACAUCAGAUCUGAAGAUUCCACCAAAGAUGAACUUCCUGACUCAGAGCUAUUAGCCAAAGAUGAAAGUAUUGAAUUGAAAAGUCCAGCCAUAAACAAACAAGAAAUGGAAAGUGGAGCCUUUGUUAAUUCUAGUGAACAGGCUCCAAUGACAAAAGAUAAGUCUACCCUGUCAGAAGAUUCAACUAAAAAUAAACCAUCAGAUUCACAUAAUAUGUCAGAAUGUAGAGAAACAGCUAAAUAUGAAUCCUCCGAGACUGAAGAGUAUGACAGAAAUGAGUCUCAUAAAUUAAAUGGGAUAGCUAAAUAUAAAUUCCAAGAAUCAGCAGAACUCCCAAAAUUAGAAGAGGUGGCUAAGAAUAAUAUUCCAGAAUGGGAGGACUUAGGUAAAGAUAAGCUCUGUGAAAUGAAUGAGCUGACCAAAGAUAAUACUGCAAAGUCAGAGGAUAUCGUUUUAACUUUAAAUCUAGAUGACGUAGUUCAGGGUACAACCUCUGGCUUGAAGCAGCCAUCUAGGGAUACAAUAUUAUUAAAGCCUGCCUCUGUAGUUGUUUCUAAACCUUCAGAAUUGGAAGGUCAUUUAUUUUUAAAAGAGGAACUUGACACUACACAGUCUGUUAAGACUGGGUCACCUGAAUGGAACAAAGAAUGUUCACAACCUCUUCAUGCUAUAAAGCAGGACCUGAAAUCUGUGCAAACUACACAUAAUAAACAAAAACCCAAUCUAGAACAACUCAAGCUCAUAGGGUAUAGCACAGCUUCAUCUCAAAAGCAUAAGGAUGCAGAUUCAUCCACAGAGAGCUCAAAGGAUUUCAUUGAGCAUAAGAGUGCAACAAAUAAAGAAAACUCCGUAGCUUCUAGAAUUAGGAUGUUUGAACAAGGUGAAAUGUACAGCUCACUUUCUGAUGAACCAGAUGUUGCCUUAACAGGAUUCCACGAUAGUUGUCCAGGCAGUGAAAUACCAAAAGAUUCAUCAAACAUAGAACUACACAAAGAUACAUUUUUGGAAAACAGCUGUGCAAAAUUAAUAGUGGCUUUGCAACCUUCAGAUGGCAAAACAAAAGACCCUGGAGGGACAUCAGACAUGGUCUACCUCGCUGAAAAUCAAGGCACAAGUGAGGGAGAACCAUCUCAGCUGUCAUCUUGGAAGGAAGAUAUUUCUCUUGGAUCUGAGCAAGGAGGAGAAAGAGAAGCUGAACUGGCUUCUCCUGAUUCUGGCUGUGAAAUCACUUUGGCAGAAGCUGUGGUAACUCCCACAUGAACUGUCCCAUUGGAAAGUUCAUAAAGCAUGUUGUGUGACACGUCUUUAUGCAUCAUGUGCCAUGGCUUUAAACAUGGCCAUUGAUUGAAAACUGCUGCUUGCAUCCCUUGUCCUUUCUGUAUGUGUGUGUGACCUGGCUCAGUUACUGAAUGCAAACCUCCUGGCCCAGGCAGCUCAUCAGCUUUUGAAGUGUUUCUGUGUGAGAGAGAGGGAGAGAAAGGGAGAAAACUUCUAAAGAUUUGGCUACCUAGAGAAUGCCAGCUGCUAAGUUGAAACUAGUC